AUGCUGAACGCAACUACCCAGACCGACAACCCAUCUCUUUGGCGCGCAGAUCCGAGUCCCGAGGGCGACAAAUUAUGGAAAGACAACUGGGAUACAUAUCCAAUACUUAUCCCAUUUGACGACCUCGCAAAACUAGGCCAGGAUCCAGAGUACGGUGUCCGUUGGCCGUAUAAAGGUACUAGCAUGACAGCAGUCGGCAGUCAUGCCCAUCAUCUUCUUCACUGUCUCGACGUUCUUCGCAAGACUGUAUGGGCAGACCACUAUUGGCCCAACGGCAAUCUGAACCCUGGCCAUCGUACCCACCAGACCCAUUGUAUCGACAUUCUCCGCCAGGAUCUCAUGUGUCGCGCACCCAUGGACGUGUAUUCUUUCAUAUGGCUAGAAUCGGAACCAGCAUCACAACCCAACUUCAACAUUAGUAUGAAAUGUGGAGACUGGGACGGGAUGCUCGCGCGGUGGAAGGAGCGACAACUAAGCAAAGAAGAGGCGCACAUGGAUCCUGAAAAACCAGAGGGAGUCAAGGAAUGGCCAGCUCCGAAUGCCUUGAAACAAGAAAACGCGGCAUUGCUCGAGCUUUGCAACAAGCCAGGCGUCAACUCCCAAGGAAAUACAGAUGGUGCAAACUAUGUUCAUUGA